AGUUUCAUCUCUUCUGAAUAAAUGAAUAAAGUGACUAUGAAAGCACAGCAUCUGCCUUCUGUUUCCAUCAACGAGGAGAAGUUCAUAACCAGAGAGCAGCUCAGUUCUCUUCUGAAGACUUACAACUCUUAUUAUUCUGAUCAAGAAAAUCUGCAACUGUCACAUAAUCAGCGAGAAGGAUGCAAACCAUUUCUCGAAGGAAUCUUGUCAAUUUUUUGGGGAGUCCGACAUCCUAUCCGCUUAAAAAUUCAGGAUGAGAAGCAGAUACCUUCCUUUGUAACCCUGAAGUCAACGGAGAAUGUGGGUUUGUUCCCUAGUAAAAGGGGAAUGACCCGCUGGGGAGAAUUUGAUGAUCUACAUCAUAUUAGCGGGGAGACACUGAAAUCUGCUGAAGAAAAGCCAGACCUUGAGCCAAGUUAUUCCCGCUACGGAAGCUGCACUCUGAGGUCCCAGGGCGAGCAGGAACAUGACUGUGCCACCCUGCCCCGGGCCGCCAGCCGUGCGGCGGCUGUGUGCAGGAGGGCCAAGAACCCCACGAGAGUCAGAGCAGAAGGAGAAACUCACAGGUUUUCAAUUAACGGCCACUUCUACAACUAUGAGACGUCAGUCUUCACUCCAGCUUUUGGAUCAGAAACCAAAAUAAGGGUUAACAGCCAGAUGAGAACAAGACAAGUAAUUGAACAAUUGCUUCGGAAGUUUAAG